AUGUUAUUAUUCAAUGUCGAUUCUACUAUCAAUCAUCAACAUUUUUCUUCUCAUUUAUUCAGUGAAAUCGGUAAUAUCAAUGUUAUUAUACCAUGUCCAAUAGAUCGAAAUGAAUGGACACUUCCAUCGAUACUUCAAUGGUAUCGUUCAAAAAAUAAUUAUACAAAACCUAUUGCUAGUCAAUUUAACAAUUACCCUGUACAUAUUGAUGAUAUCUAUCGUAAUAAAUAUAGUCUUAUUUCAAAUGGUUCAUUAAUUAUUGAAAAUGUUCAAUUAAAUGAUAAUGAUACAUUUGAAUGUCGAUUAAUUUUAAUUGAUCGUGGUCUAUUGGAUAUAAAAUAUAAAUAUUUUAUUACACUUCGUGUCAAUGAACAACCAUAUUUUAUUAAUCUAUCGAAUUCAUUACAAGUAGCUUCAUAUUAUUCAACAGUUAAUUUCAUUUGUCACAUUUAUGGAGUUCCGGUUCCAAUAGUAACAUGGUAUCGAAUUCUUGAGAAAAAUAAACAGACGAUCAAAGAUGAAGACUUAGAAUUACUUUUAGUUGAUAGUCAACAAUUGACUCUUCAUAAUGUGGAUGAUCGUAUGGCUGGUCAGUAUAGAUGCAUUGGAAAAAAUCGACUUGGUAAAAUACACAAUGACUUUCAAUUUCUUAUACGUGGUUCUAUCUAUUGGCGACGAUUUCCUGAAAGUCAAACUGUAAAAAUAAAUGAUAGCCUGAUUUUAAAGUGUGAAGGUGAAAGUAGUGAAAAAUUACAAUACAAUUGGUUGAAAGAUGAUUAUCCUAUAUCAGAAACUGUCUCAUCACGAGAUCGUAUACAAACUUAUAGUGAUGGUGUUCUUAGUAUUAAUAAUAUUGAACCUUCUGAUCGUGGAUCAUAUGUAUGUAUAAUAAGUAUAAUAAAUUCAGCUAGUGUUCGUAGUAAACCAGCGAUAAUAACUGUUAAAUAUCCACCAAUACCUUCGCAUAAUCAUCAAACAAAAAAUUUAACAUUUAUUCGAGGUUCAAUAGGUAUCUGUCCAUGUUUACUUGAUGCUUAUCCACCAAUUCAAUCUGUUUCCUGGUAUCGAAAUGGUGAAUCUAUACGUAUCGAACCAAAAGGUGGUUCAUAUUCUAUUAAUUCUGAUUAUGGUUUAAUAAUAAAAUCUGUUGGGAUUGAUGAUGAUGGUAAAUAUUUUUGUCGUGCACAAAAUUCUGAAGGAUUCGGUGAUGAUAGUAUACUAUUUUAUGUUGAAACAAAAGAACCAAUUAAAUUUAUUCUAAAACCACAGUCUAUUUAUCAUGUUAAUGAACGAGAUCAACUGAUAUUACCAUGUGUUGCUUUUGGUAAUCCACCACCAACUAUAAAAUGGCUUAAAAAUUCCAUUGAAUUAGAUGAAGUUAAUGAAAAUUUGACAUUACAAUAUAUUGAUAAAACCGAUCAUGGUUCAUAUAUAUGUCAAGCAUCAAACAAACAUACAACCACGAAUAUUACUACAUCAAUUAUUGUUGAAAAUACGACACCACAAGCACCACAUAAUAUUCAAUAUAAACAAAUAUCAUCAAAUCUUUUCCUUUCUUGGGAACCUGGUUAUGAUGGUGGUCGAUUUCAACAUUUUAUCAUCUGGUAUCGAACAUUACAUAAAAAAAAACGAAAUUGGAAUCAAAUUCGUGUAUUACCAAACAAUGCAACAGAAUUUACAUUAUUUGAUUUAAAAUUAAAGCAAACAUAUGAAUUAACAAUUGUUUCAGAAAAUGACUUAGGUCUAGGAACAUUUACUCCAAUUAUUACAAUUCCUUUAAAUCAAACACAAAAUUCAUCAAUUGAUUAUCUCCAUUAUGCAAAUGAAACAACACUAUUUCGACCACUAUCACCAAUAAAUUUUCAUUUAUAUCAAUCGGGAUUAAAUCUUCAUAUAACAUGGAAUCAUCCAAAUAUGAUUGAUUCACCAAUAAAUAUUGUUUACUAUGUCAUACAAUGGCGUUCAACAAUUUUAUUUAAUAAUCAACAAUCACAGCAAUCAAUUCUUGUUUAUUAUCCUACUCGUUCAUAUAUAUUAAAAAAUAUAAAACAAUCAAAAUAUAUUAUACAAGUGAUGUCUUAUUCAGAUCAAGGAACAUAUAGUUUGCCAAUUGAAUCACAAAUUAAUAUUCGUGAUUGUUCUCAUCUAAAAGUUGAUCGGUAUCAUGCAAGCCUUCUUAAAUCAAAUGAUCUUCCAACAACGCCACUUUAUCAAUCUCAAAACCGAAUAAUACAUCAAACAUCCACUGCUCCAAUUGGACUACCAUCACCUCAAGAAAGUUUAACUGAUUCAACAAUAUCCUUAGCUAAAGUAACAACAAUACCACGUUGUCGUGAUUCAGUUAUAUCAAAUCUAAUAGUUACACCACAAUUAACGCGUGGUUCUCUAUCAAUAGACAAUCCAAAUGCAGUGGUUUCAUCGACUCUAACAUUUACAGCAACUGACGAAACUAAGAUGACUUCAUUUUUUGAACCAAUUUCAGCUGAUAAUAUCUCACCUGUACCAUAUGGUGAUGUAGAAACUCGUAAAAAUGGUUCUCGUCUUCCACUUGAAGCUGUGCCAGAAAUUAAUGAACUUGAUGUAGCCAAUAGUCGAUAUAGUUUCGAUCCAUCAUUAUUAUCCACAUUACCUAAUUCUUAUCAUAAUCAUAGAGUUCAACCUAGUCCUAUUCUCAUUACAUUUGAUUCUAGUACAUUGAAAUAUCGUACUUGA